GUCGUAAAUAUUUAAGAUAAAAUGGCAGCCUCCGUGAGAAGUGAUGAUACACUGUUCAUCAAUACAGAAAAACCCGUGUUAGAGCCAUUACUGCUCCAAGGCUCUUGGUUGGGCACAGCAGCCAGCGGACGUGAGUCUCCUAGAAGUUCUCUACAAUGUGUGCUAUGUCCUGAAAAACUUGAUAUUUCUGAAACUCUUGAUGCUUAUCUAAAGCAUUUAUUAGAAACACAUAAGUUUGUGAUUGCCGACGUGAAUUUGAUAGCCAAUUUUAAAAGUUACUGUUUAUAUUGGAAAGAAAGAUUCAAGCAUGAUCCACUGAAAGAGUUUUGCUCAGAAAUACAAACUACAACAACAAAAGAAGGAGAGGGAUUUUACAUGUUGAGUGAUGUCUUACCAGAGGACAAACAGUUACGAGAACUCUUACAGAAAAGAAAACUGGAGUAUGUGCUAGAGACACAACAAACAGAGAGGGAAGAUCAGUCGUUCAGUAGAGGAUGUCUCUUCUGUAGGGAGCACUUUGUUGGUAACCGGUCAUUGAUGUUUGACCACAUGGCUGUAGAUCACAGUUUCAAUGUUGGACAAGCAGAUAAUCUAGUGUUUACAAAUGAAUUUUUAGAUUUACUGGAGGAAAAACUGAACAGUUUACAAUGUUUAUACUGUGAGAAGACAUUCAGGGAUAAAACUGUACUUAAAGAACAUAUGAGGAAAAAACAGCAUAGAAAGAUCAACAGUAAAAACCAUAUCUAUGAUAAAUAUUACGUAAUUAAUUAUCUGGAACUUGGUAAAAAUUGGGAGAAGAUUCAGAGAGAAAGGGACAUAACUGCAGCUGAUACUGAUGAAACAGAAUCUGAAGAUGAAUGGUCGGGAUGGGAGGAAGAGUCAAGUGGACAGGCUAUUUGUCUAUAUUGUGAAUUCUCAUCCAGUAAUGCUGAUAAGCUCAGCCUACAUAUGCAAGAGCUACAUGACUUUGAUCUGCAGGAACUGAAACUUCGAUUAAACCUGAACUACUACCAGCAAGUUAAGCUAAUUAAUUACAUUCGAAGACAGGUACAUAUGUGUGUAUGUAUUGGAUGCAGUGAAAAGUUUGAGACCAAAUCUAGUCUGUUUGACCACAUGCAUGAGGCCAGUCAUACCACCGUACUGCCAGAUAUAUCAGUAUGGGACCAACCACAGUACUACUUUCCUACAUAUGAAAAUGACAAUCUCCUAUGUCAACUAGAGGAUGAUAAUGAUAAUUGCCAUGGCAACGAAAAUGUUAUAGCAGAGGACACACCUGUUAUAGAUACAAUAUUGUCUGAAGAAAAUCUUAGAAAAGAGAUAUUGACAACUUGAUGUGUAUUUAUGAAAAUAGUGUGAUUUUUCUUUGAACACAGAACACAGAUAUUGUUUGUGUCACCCACUGUUUAGUUGGGGUGGGGGAUAUAGAUUUACACUUGUUUGUCUUGCUGUCCCCCUGAUCAGACUAAUAAACUGGCAAAACAGUAGAAUGUAGGGGCAUCUAUGUCCUAUAGACACAUUUCUAGUUCUGCAGUGUGAUCUGAUUGUAUACUUAUUAAAAUUGUUUGCCAGGGACAUUGAAUUGUUUCAUGUCAGGAAACUACAUAAUUAUUCUGCUAGCUUACUGAAGGUUGAUGGUUCUACUUUGUUACCCACUUAAGGCUGAAAUAAUUCACCUGAGGGGCACCUGAGGUCUUUGUCCGCCAUGAAUGCCAGACAGUAGCAAUAUGACCUUUCCAAUGUCACUAUGACUAAAAUUACCAACCCCAAAAAAUGUAUAUUGAAGUGGUUAUAAAGACAGUUUUGACUGUGACAAGUAGGACAAAAAUACUGUGAUAUUUAAGUUGAGAUUUUGUAAUUUUAUAUUUUUGGUGGGUGUUUAAAUUAAGCGUAUGUUUGCUGUAAGAACUAGAUUAUUUGCCUCAUUUUACAGACAAAGUGUUUGAUGUUGCAAAGUUGUUAAAUUGACUGAAAUGAAGUAUUAGAUAAAGUAGAUUAUAAUUGAGUUCAGCCAAACAUAGCUGAUUUUCCUAAAUAUCUUGGUAAACAUUUAGGAUUAUGUAUAAUUUAUUGCUGGGAUGAAAAUUGUUGAUAAUUGUAGUAGUCCAGGUGAGGAAAAAUACCCACAUGUAAUUGUAUAUUAAAAAGGUUAGAUCAAAGAUGGUGACCUUCUCAUGUAUUUAAAUUACCUGUAUUUAUAAUCCCCAGCUCUUCUAGCCUUUACCUUGCUAAAAUUUUAUAAUAGGCUUGCCAUGACUUGUUUUUAGAAGGGUCCAUUUAAUAUUCAGGGGUUUUCAGUCUGAAAAUACAAAAAGCGAGUAGCAACUCAGAUUACACUGAUGUGCUGACUAGCCUUACUUUAUACUAAGGGCAUAGGUAUGUCACCGUGUAUAGAUUCUGUAAGGCAGGAACGUGUACAUAAUGCAGGAAUUAUGCAAAAGUUACACCAUAUCUGUGCAACAUAAUUAUGCAUCCAUAGGAGCUCAUUCAUUUCUUACAAGUAACAUACUUGUUUCUGCCAUAUAUUGCAAAGAUUUUAUGUUACAUUUUCACGAUUCCGGUGUUAUUUUCACAUUACUGUGUUAGGGAUAUGUGUGGGGUAUAUUAUAAAUGCUUUACAUUUUGAGUGUUUGUCAAAGAAUUCUUUCUGAGAAGGAAAACACAAUUAUAUGGAAGUAUUAUCGGAAGUUGAUAAAUUUUCUCAAUGUUUUGUUGAAUUUAUUUGUAUGAUAAAUGAUAAUGAUCAUGAUGAAUUGAUGCCUGUGAUAAAUAAUGAUAAAUUAGCGAAUAAAAUUUUAUCAGUCUAAAC